CUUCAUGAUACUCAAGAACGCAAGUGACUCGAAAUAUUCCCAAACAGAGCACUAUAUAAGCGUAACAUGCAUGGGCAUAGCUAAACUUGCCUCUCACUCAAGCUAAGCAAAACAAUCUAUCAGCUAAGUAGUAAAAACCCCCCAAAAGAAAUUAUAUAAGAAUGGAUUACGGUUACAACCGCCCCUACGGAAACAACUACUACGAGGCCGAGAGGGAGGUCAUCCGUGAGGGCCCGUAUGGUGGCUACCAAGCUGAGUACAGGCUUGAUGAGUAUGGUAACCGUGUCUCUCACCACCGCAGCGGUGUCGGGAAUGUUGUUACUGAGAUUGUGAAGGAGGUCAUCCCUGGCGGCCACAGCCACAACCACCACCACGGCCACCAGCACUAUGGCAGGCCUGCUGAGAUCAUUGAGAGGAGGGAAGAACGCAUUGUUGACAGUGUCUACGACCCUUACGUGCAGAGGAGGUACUAAGGAUUGGUGCCCAAAUUAUCCAGAAAACUGACAGCAACAACGGUAUUAGUAUAGAAUAAAACUUACCCGUAGAAUCUAGAUAUAUAGGCUAGUUUCUCCGGGAAUUCGUUACGAUGUGUGCUUUGCUGUCUGGUACUACAACCAUACUAUGUUUGCUGACGAUGUAUUCUGGUUCUUUUAUCAAACUUAUUAUAAUAUAGUCUUAUUUUUAGUGUU